AUGCCAUCGACUCUUGAAUAUGAAGAACAAAAGGAGAAGACAAGAGUCAGGUCAGACAAAAAGUUGAGUGAAAGUCAAUGUUUAGAAAGAGGCUGUAUUUACGAUCCCGUGAAGGAUAAGCCAGAGAUUCCUUACUGUUAUUUCAAUGCAGCAAAACUCGGCUAUAGAAUAGACUCAACAAAAGACACUGACUUUGGUUUGGAAGCGACUCUCAAAUUGAAAGACUCGGCAAAAGAUACAAAACUUGUCACACAAUUGGAUGCUCUGAAGGCGGAGGUCACGUAUUUGACAGAAAACAUACUCCGGGUUAAGAUAUUUGACGCCAACAACAAGAGAUAUGAAGUCCCCAUUCAUUUGGACACAUCUAUUGGUGGACUGGUAUUUAGUGAUCAGUUCAUACAAAUAGCGAGUUAUUUGCCCUCAAAUAAUGUCUACGGAUUGGGUGAGAAUACACAUCCGUCUCUCAGACAUAAUCUUAAUUACAAGACUUGGCCCCUAUUUACAAAGGACAACGCUCCCAAUAGUAAUGACGAGAAGAACAACUACGGUCACCACCCCUUCUAUACAGUACUCGAAAGUAAUGGCAAUUCACACGGAAUUCUGUUACUUAACAGCAAUGCUAUGGAGUAUACACUUAUGCCGGCGCCCGCCGUAUCUGUUAAGACAAUCGGAGGAAUUCUGGACUUCUUUGUGUUUGUCGGCGAUAAUCCCGAACACGUCAUACAAUUAUACACAUCACUAAUCGGUCGCACAUUUAUGCCAUCGUUUUGGGCGUUUGGCUUUCAAAUAUCCAAAUGGGGUUAUCAUAACACAUCUCAAGUGAAAGCCUGUGUCGAGCGACAAAUCAAACACGAGGUCCCAUAUGAUGUCCAAUACGUUGAUAGCGAUUACAAAGAGGCUCAGGGACGGGAUUUUACAAUUGAUCCUGUUCAUUACAAAGAUUUACCACAACUUAUUAGCGACACUCAAACCAAAUACAAUCUGCAUUGGACUCCAAUCAUAGACCCGGCUAUUCAGGGAAAUCAAGCAAAUUAUACGAUCUUUAGUGAAGGCAAUGACAAAAAUGUGUUCAUAAAAUGGCCAAAAAGUAUUCCCGUCCAAGACAGACACAAUCCGGAUAAGAUUGAUAUCACUCACGAUGAUAUGUACGGUCGUGUGUGGCCACCCGGACCGGUAGCCUGGCCUGACUUCCUUAAGAAUGUUACCCAUAACUGGUGGAUAGACAACCUCAACCAUUUGCACUCUAUUGGAUGGAAAUUCAAUUCACUUUGGAUUGAUAUGAAUGAGCCAAUCACUUUCGAUAGUGGGGAGGGAUAUAAUAUCCAGUGUCCACACAAUCAAUACGAUAACAUUCCCAUCGAAAUAAAGGCUCUUUGGGUGCAUGGCUUUGAUCGGUUGAGCAGAUCAACCCUUUGUAUGGUUGGAGUUCAGGGAGAAUCGGGUCAAUUCAAACACUAUGACGUCCACUCCCUUUAUGGACUAACCAUGGCUAUGGCCACACAAAAAGCCCUAAAUUAUAUAACAAAGAAAAGAGGUUUUGUAUUAUCAAGGUCCACAUAUGUCUCGUCGGGUCAAUACACGGGUCAUUGGUUGGGGGAUAACACGGCAACUUGGCUUCAAAUGAGGGAAUCGGUUAUAGGAAUGUUAGAAUUCAAUUUGUUUGGCAUUCCAUAUAUUGGAUCAGAUAUUUGUGGCUUUUACAGAGAUACAACACCAGAACUAUGCCGUCGUUGGUCACAAUUGGGAGCCUUUUCACCAUUCAGUAGAAACCAUCACGAGAGGGGAAAUGAUAUUGAACAGGACCCGGCUGCUUGGGCUGAUAGGGGGCACCCGGAGGUUACAGAGGCGGCCAAACAAUCACUUUAUCUGAGAUACCAAUUACUCCCCUAUUUAUAUACCCUGUUCUUCAAAGCGCACGUAUUGGGUAACACUGUUGUCAGACCUCUGUUUCAUGAAUACCCGGCUGAUAACCAAACAUAUGGUAUUCAAGAACAGUUUAUGUGGGGAUCAGUCAUAUUAAUCUCUCCAUUCCUAUAUGAAAAUCAAACUGAAGUGAAUGCAUACCUUCCCAAUGAUGUCUGGUAUGAACCGACCGAUGAAUUUGUGAAACUCUAUCCAAAGACCGGAUUCGUUAAGAUUGCAGAUAAUAAUAGACAGGUUCCUCCCAUACAUCUUAGGGGUGGAAAUAUUGUGCCCAUUGGUUACAACAAAGCAGUCAAUACACAGGUAUUGAGAGACAAACCAAUUAAUCUGGAGGUCUAUCCCAAAGACAAAAAGGCGACGGGAGAUCUGUUUUGGGACGACGGAGACUCUCUCAACACUAUUGAGACAAAACAAUAUAAUUUCUAUGAAUUUGAAUUGUUUGCCAACUGUUCACUACAAUUAAGAGUCAAAACAAAAGGCUAUAAUUCAAGUAAACCUCAUUUGAUUGAGAAAGUAUUAAUAGCCAAUACACUGAACGCCAAAAUCAAUGCAUUACUCGAUGGAAAAGCAAUUGAAAAUGUUGUGGUAAAAGAGGAUUACAUUAUAUUUCCAGUGAAUAUCGAUUUGAAUGCUGCAAAAGAGGGUCAGAUAUGGAAGAUUGAGUGGAAAACUGUUGACAACACAUGUAAUUUGAAAUAAUUAUUUUAUUAUUUGUUUAUUACAGAAAACAUUAAUUGAAAAAUUAAAAUAGAUGUGAAUAAAAUUUAAUUUAAUAUCAAA